AGGUCUCUGGAGCUCAACAUCGGGACAGGAGCUGACGGUGCUUCAUCUCCAGACUCAGAUGAGAGGGUCAACGGACAAACCGUGGUGGGGCUUAUGGGAACAUUGCCCAAUGGGGGCACAGAGAAUGGGGAGGGGCUUAGGCAUGUCAGGUUGCCAAUGAUGGAGGGCGUUGAUGAGGCGGAGCUGAUAGUUGGUGUGGCUGUGGGCCAAAUGGAGAACAUUCUCCAGGAAGCUACAAAAGACGAAUCGGCACCAGAUAGCCGCAGAGACACAAAGACAGACCACACGAACGAAACCUCCGCUCUAAACGGCCAGAGUGAUGAUGUUGCACAUUCAGAAGAGGCACAACUAAAUGCUGAUGCUCAAGAGGGCAAAGCUAAAAGCCUUGGAGAUGGAAAUGUCAAUGGACAUUUUUCACAAGAUGGUAGUUCUGAAGCUUCUUCUGCUCUCAGCCAGGAAACCUCGGGAAGCCCAGAUUUAGAAGAAGCACUGGAGAAAUGCACGAUACAAGAACACAAUCCUUCUAGUAACACAAAUAAUUUCCCUCCCCAUGGCCUCAGGACUGUGAGUAACGGCCACGGGCGAGAAACCAUUGAGCAGGAGAAACGUCUUUCUCUUUUGGAGAGCUCCACGGAGACACUUACGGAGGACUUGGGCGUUCGGCCUGAGAGUCUGGGACCCUUAACUAUCCCACCUCCUCUUAAAGACCUUGCCGAAUCGUCGUGCCUCAAACAGGGUCUCCGCACCUCAACUGACCCCAGGACUUUAAGCAACACCCCCAAACGGCCGUCUCUCAGUGCCUUUCCUCCCUCCACUGACCUCCUCCACCCCGUGUGCAACGGAGACUCCCCCGACCUCGAGCUCUCCACGCCGCAAUGGGCGGCGCGUACAAACGGGGAGCGGGCCACGCUCAGCCGACAGGUGUCGCUCGCCAGCUGCGGCUCGCUGACCCUCCACGCACGGGGCACCUGCUCCCACCAUCGCUGCCUGCACUUGGGGUUUCUGGGCCGGCCGAGCUUCAGCCCCCCAGAACCCCCU